UUCGUAGUCUAAAGAAUUAGGGUUUCCGCUUUCUCCACACGCAGCUGCAACACUAUCUUCUCCCCAAAAAAAAAAAAUGGUCGCCGAAGCUUUCGAAUUCGUCGCCGUUCCUUUCAAUUUCGAUGGCUGGGGACCUCCAGACGCUUCCGACGUUUCCUCCUCUGCCUCAUCCACCAGUGUUGCCGCCGCAAAUCUCCUCCCCAACGUUCCUUUCGCUUCCUUCUCCCGUUCCGAUAAGCUCGGCCGUGUAGCUGAUUGGACUCGCAAUCUCUCUAACCCCUCAGCUCGUCCUCCCACCGGAUCCAAAUCAGAUCCGUCUGCAGUUUUCGAUUUCUCCGCUUUUGCUAUUGACGAAGGAUUCGGUCUCGCUUCCUCCGGUGGAAAUCCCGAUGAAGACGCAGCUUUCCGUCUCGUCGACGGCAAACCACCGCCGCGUCCUAAAUUCGGACCUAAGUGGCGUUUCAAUCCUCACCACAAUCGGAAUCAGCUUCCUCAGCGGAGAGAUGAAGAAGUCGAAGCUAAGAAGCGUGAUGCUGAGAAGGAGCGAGCUCGCCGUGAUCGUCUCUACAAUCUCAACCGCAACAACAUCCAUCACCAGCGCCGUGAAGCCGCCGCUUUCAAAUCAUCCGUUGAUAUUCAGCCGGAGUGGAACAUGCUUGAUCAGAUCCCUUUCUCGACGUUCUCGAAGCUCUCGUUCACUGUUCAAGAGCCAGAAGAUCUCCUUCUCUGUGGUGGCCUUGAGUACUACAACCGCGUUAAUGAUCGCAUAACGCCCAAGAACGAACGUAGACUCGAGCGUUUCAAGAACAGGAACUUCUUCAAAGUCACUACUAGUGAUGAUCCUGUGAUUAGGCGUCUAGCUAAGGAAGACAAAGCUACUGUUUUCGCUACUGAUGCUAUAUUAGCAGCUCUUAUGUGUGCUCCUCGAUCUGUUUACUCUUGGGAUAUUGUUAUCCAGCGUGUUGGCAACAAACUGUUCUUUGACAAGAGAGAUGGCUCACAGCUCGAUUUGUUGUCUGUGCACGAGACUUCUCAAGAGCCAUUGCCUGAGGCUAAAGAUGAUAUCAACUCUGCUUACUCUCUAGGUGUGGAAGCUGCGUAUAUCAAUCAGAACUUUUCUCAGCAGGUGUUGGUUAGAGAUGGAAAGAAGGAAACUUUUGAUGAGGCGAAUCCAUUUGCUAAUGAAGGUGAAGAGAUUGCUUCUGUUGCUUAUAGGUAUAGGAGAUGGAAGCUUGAUAAUGAUAUGCAUCUUGUCGCCAGGUGUGAGUUGCAGAGUGUUGCUGAACUCAACAACCAGAGAUCGUUCUUAACUUUGAAUGCUCUUAAUGAGUUUGAUCCUAAGUACUCUGGUGUUGAUUGGAGGCAGAAGCUUGAAACUCAGAGAGGUGCGGUUUUAGCUACUGAGUUGAAGAACAAUGGUAAUAAGUUGGCUAAAUGGACUGCACAAGCUCUCUUGGCUAAUGCUGAUAUGAUGAAGAUUGGUUUUGUCUCUAGAGUUCAUCCUCGUGAUCAUUACAACCAUGUCAUCUUAUCUGUUUUGGGGUAUAAGCCUAAGGAUUUCGCUGGACAGAUCAAUCUGAACACUAAUAACAUGUGGGGGAUUGUGAAAUCCAUUGUUGAUAUUUGUAUGAAACUAAGCGAAGGAAAGUAUGUUCUUGUCAAGGAUCCAUCGAAGCCUCAAGUGAGGAUUUACGAGGUUCCACCAGAUGCUUUUGAGAAUGAUUAUGUUGAGGAACCGUUGCCUGAAGAUGAACAGGUUCAGCCACCUGAGGAGAACACAGAGGGAGCAGAACCAAGUGUAGCUGCAGCUAAAGAAACUGAGGAUAAGAAAGCUGAUGAAGCUCAAGCUUGAUGGUUAUAAAAUCAGGUCAAAGUCCACACCUUUGGUUUCUAGGUUCUUUUGAGAGUUGAAGCUUCAAUCAGACAACAACUAUGGAGGGUUUUGUUUUCUAUUAUCGUGUCUUUUUUUUUUCCAAUUUUUGGUGGUACUGCUGUAAUCUGAGAUUUAGAACACUAUCUUCGUGACAUCUUUUGGAAAAAAUCAUCACAUGAUUCACAAAACAUAAAUCUUUUUAUUUA